CAGAAUGUGCCCGCUAGCAGCAGGCACAGACAUCUUUUUGUGCGCUUUGGAGAGGCCGGGCGGGCUGUGCGGGGCCCCGCUCGGAGCUCAGGUGUGAAACAAGUGAAAAACUCCGGGAUUAACAGUGCUAGCAAGCAAUGGAGCAAGAUUCACCCUGCACAGCAGAAAGGGAACUGUUGGAAGCUGUAAGCAGAAUUACCACAUCUUCUACCACAAGUCCAUCUGAUGAAGAAAAAAACGAACCCAAAGCAGAAAUUUCAUGUCAAGUGAGAAAAGAAAACCCAGAAAAAGAUGACAUGCAAGAUUCCAGUGCAACCCUAAGUCCCAACUCUUCGAUGACCACUAAGGAGCUUCAGGAGUACUGGAGGAAUGAAAAACGCCAGUGCAAACAAAUCAAACUCCUUUUUGAAAUCCCAUCAACCAGAAUUGUAGAGCACCACUUAUCUAAAUACGUGAUGUAUAAAAUCAUCAUUUUGCAAACAGGGAGUUUUGACAGCAACAAGUCCGUAAUUGAACGGCGUUAUUCAGAUUUUGAGAAACUGCACAGAAAUCUGCUGGAAGAAUUUAGCGAAGAACUGGAAGAUGUAACCUUUCCCAAAAAAGCUCUAACAGGAAACUUCACAGAAGAAAUAAUCAAUGAAAGAAAAUUAGCCUUCAAGGACUACCUGAGACUCCUCUAUUCCAUGAAAUACAUCAGAAGAUCAAAAAAAUUUAUUGACUUUUUAACAAGGCCAGAGCUUCAGGAAGCAUACGGUUGCCUGCGGGGUGGCCAGUAUACCAAAGCUUUGGAAAUCCUUUUAGAAGUCAUUGGGCUGCAGGAAAGGCUGACAAGAGGGAACCCUGUUGCAAUUGUCCCUACCCUCUGUGCCAUCGUGGUGUGCCACAAGGACCUGGAAAACCCAGCAAGUGCCUUUGAGUAUGGAGAGAAAGCUCUGUCACGCCUUUGUGUGCACACCAGCCACAGGUAUUACAUGCCACUGUUAGAAACAAUGAUCGCUCUGGCAUAUGAACUUGGCAAGGAUUUUCUGUCUUUGCAAGAAAAACUGGAAGAAUGGAAGACAAAGAAAGAUCCCGUACGGGUUUUUACCCUGAAAGAACUUGCAGUUCGGGAGUACGUAGGGUGAACACAAGAAAAAAUAAAUGAAAGAGCAAACUCUUGGAAGAUUGAGAACUGGAAAUUACCUGAUUGGGUUGCUUAAAUUGUAUUAAUAGGAAAAAAAAUUAAAUAUCCUCUAUGCUCAAAGGGACAUUAACAUCUAUGUUGGAAUAUAUUACAUCUAAUGUACAGAUAUGAGGAGUUCCCAAGGAGCACUUUAAGGUUUCUUGAAGGAAAUGUGCAACAAAAUAAUAAUUUUUGAUUUUGUUGUUUUGAACAUAGCUUAUUUUGUGUGAAAAGUCAGAAUAAGAAAAUA